AGAGCCUGACCUCAGUCCCACGGCGGGACACAAUGGGAAGCUUCCUCCCCGACAGCAGCGCCUAUGAGCUCCUGACCAUCAUAGGUCGAGGCCUGGAGGACUUGAUGACCGUCAACCUUGCCAGAUACAGACCCACAGGAGAACACGUAGCAAUCCGUCGGAUUGACCUGGAGUCCUGCACAAAUGAAAUGGUCAACUACCUGCAGGCUGAGCUCCAUGUAUCUAAGCUGUUCCACCACUCCAGCAUCCUGCCCUACAGGAGCAUCUUCAUAGCAGAGAACGAGCUGUGGGUCAUCUCUCCCUUCAUGGCCUAUGGGUCAGCCAGAGACCUGAUCAGCAGCCACUUCACUGAUGGGAUGAAUGAGCUGGCCAUCGCCUACAUCCUACUGGGCAUGCUCAAAGCCCUGGACUACAUCCACCACAUGGGCUAUGUACACCGGAGCGUGAAGGCCAGCCACGUGUUGAUCUCGGCAGACGGUCAGGUGUGUAUGUCUGGUCUGAGGAGCAUCAUCAGUCUGAUCCGUCACGGCCAGCGGGCCAGAGUGGUCCAUGACUUCCCCCAGUACAGCAUCAAGGUGCUUCCCUGGCUCAGCCCAGAGGUGCUGCAGCAGAACCUGCAGGGAUACGACUUCCGGUCAGACAUCUACAGUCUUGGCAUCACAGCCUGUGAGCUCGCCAAUGGACAUGUGCCCUUCAAAGACAUGCCAGCCACACAGAUGUUGCUGGAGAAGCUGAACGGGACAGUCCCCUGUCUGUUGGACACCACCACCAUCCCCCCAGAGGAGCUGACCAUGAAGCCCUCCCGCUCUGGAGCUGACUCUGGGAUCUGUGAGGGCCCCAGCACCGGAGGGGCCCACCACUCUAACGGAGAGCCCUCCUCCUCGGGGAGCCACCCCUACAGUCGUACCUUCUCUCCCCACUUCCAUGCUUUUGUGGAGCUGUGUCUACAGAGGGACCCAGAGAAGAGACCCUCAGCCAGUGCUCUCAUUGGUCAUUCCUUCUUCAAACAGAUCAAGCGUCGGCCAUCGGAGGCUCUGCCUGAGCUAUUCCGGCCCGUAACACCCAUCACAGGCUUUCAGAGUACCCAGCCUCAGGACGCUGCCUCUGGACUGGCCAGCCUGGAAUCUGGCCUCAGCCACAUGGAUGUGGAUGACUGGGACUUCUGACCACAGAGGAAUAGGAAAGAGUUGUGUGUUGUAACCAAGAGGUUACCAGGAGAUGCUCUGAGAAGACUUGGACUGGAUUUACGCUUUGUUCUUAUUAAAUGGUCUAUGUAAAUAAUUCAAACUAAGCAGUUUCUCCUCCCUUUGACUGGGUUUAAAAGCCAGCUACCAUCAUCUCCUUGCUAUCACUCUAGUCUAAAAGAUGCAUGAGCAGACAGACCUUUGCACUGACUGACACCCAAUUCCUCUCACGCACACAUCUCUCCAAAUUCGACUAAAGCUCCGGACCUGUCGAAGAACCGUAUGGGGGAGUAUGUCAAGUCCGCUCUUUCACUUGUCAAUGGAGAUGUUCUAUUAAAGGUAGAGCAGGGAGACUCCUGAGCUGUACUUGACCCUAUCUAGAGCCAUCUGUUGACAUUAAAGACCAGGAACUGACCUCAUUACCAAGGGUUGAUCCAAUCAGCCAGCACAACAGAUGGAAGAUUCCAGAAGUUUGUCCAAGGCUAUCACGAACCAGACAGUGUUUGCAUUUCCUCACAGCUGUUCAUAUAGAACCAUCAGUUUUACAGGAGGGAAGAAAAAAUCUGUUUCUACCUGAAACCCUCAACUUGCUUUGCUGUCUUCAGUUAACAUUAGACUGUGCCAACUGAGGUCCAUGUAUUUGAUUAACCUCCCUGUUAUUGGCCAUUUUUGUCCUGCAAAAAAAAGUGAAUGUUACAAUGGUGCUUGUUUCAAGAAGGGAAAGUGUUGGGAAUGUCAACUAUUUUACUUGAUAAUAAAUACCUUUCACCUCA